AUGAUUGAGUCGUUGAGUGAAUAUUUGGUGUCCGAAGUGGUCCUCAAUUCUCGCUUAAGACGACUGACAGACAACGCAAUGAGUUUGAACUCACUUGCACUGAAAGAGGACACCGAGGGCUCACUUUUAGGACAUCCACUCGACGUAUAUCUCCUCAUCAGACGAAUGGCUAUCGACUGGAAAGAAGUGAAGGAUUUGUUGCGAACCAAAGACCAGCGCUUAAGUGAUGUCCAAAUGAGACAAAUCGGUGGUCACUCUAACCAUACAAAUGCAGUGAAUGUCACGUUUGGCGCGAAGUUAGUGUCCAGUAGUCAACAGAUUAUCACUAAUAAGGAACUAAAUGACGCCGCGAUUGGAGUCAUAAAUCUCGUCAAUACUUAUGAUUUGGAUAUCAAGUCAUUAGCGAAUGGAUUCAUUAGAUCUAAGAGCAGUUCCGGUGCUGAAGUGACUUCACAUGAAAAUCAAUCCAAACUCGCUUUAAAUACUUUCGACUGCUAUUUGAUAGGAAAACAAUCGUUUGAUAACAAGGAGUACUUGAAUGCAAAGCAAUGGUUGAAAGAAGCGGUCCAUAGAUUGGAUGACAUGACUAGUGAUGAGAUAAUUGCAGACAUUUUUAAUUACCUGUCGUUUUUUGAACAGAAAAUUGGAAAACCAAGUGAAGCCCAGAAAUAUAAGAGACUGUCCGUCGCUAUAAAGCCAGACAUCGAGACAAAUGAGUUGAUAUCAGAGAGCAAAGAGAGAUCAGUGAACGACACGAAUGGCAUAUUUGGUGUCAAAGAUAAACCUAUUUUUGGUUUGUCUGCAAAUGUAUAUCAAUUAUGUCGAGGAGAAAGACUUAUGAAUGACUCGAUUGUCUCGAAACUCAUGUGUUUUUACUUAAACACAACGAAAACACCGAUUUUAACUCGCAUUAAAGUGGAAGAGAUGUACAAAAGUCCGCAAAUUGUUGUAAUCCAUGACUUCCUGUCGGAAUACGAGACACAAACUAUCAUCUCAUUAGCUCAGCCAUCAGUUUUUUGGGACCGACAACACAAACCGUUGCAAACAAUCAGCCGACGUAUCGGUGCCAUCACUGGCCUUAACAUGAAUUUCGCGGACGAAUACAACGUUAUUAAGUAUAGUGUCGGCGGGUAUGCGGACGACCACUACGACGGAUACAGAAUCACACUAAACAUAUCAUGGCCCGUAUGGCAGCGUAUGGCCACGUGGAUCAACUACCUGAGCGAUGUGGGUGCCGGUGGGGCCACUGUAUUCCCACUCAUCAAUGUGACCGUUUGGCCCACAAAAUACUCGGCAGUGUUUUGGUAUACUUUGGACAAAUCAGGUGAACUCAAUGGACAGACACUUCACGGCGGGUGUCCAGUACUGGUGGGACGCAAAUGGAUUGCCGGCAAAUGGUUCCCAUGGAUGGGACAGGAGUUUCGCAAACCAUGCGAUCCAUACGAUCGACAAUCACGUCAUUACAUUCAAUGA